AAAACAACCUCAUUCCCAUUCGAAUUGGCUUUUGUUUUGUCUCUCUCAAACAAAAACUCACUCUCUCAACUUCACCACAUAGAUCAACUCAACAACAAAAUCACAUUGCUUCCAUUUUUCUUCUCUUACAUAAUCCUUCUUACCUUCCUCAUUGUUAAUGAUAUUAUUACUGUCAAGUACUACAAAUGGACAAAACUCGAAACUUGAAGCGUGGAGCCAAAAAACAACAAUCUGAAAGACACAAAAAAUUCUUCGGUGUUUUUGGUGUUUCUGCUAUUCAAUCCUCGGAGAAAUCGAACAAGGGAGAAAAAGUUAGAAGCUUGAUUAGUGUUACUACAUCAAUAUCUGAAAUGGGUUGCCAUGUUUCUCAAAAACAACAUGACCCAAAGAGAUUUAAGAUUCCUAAAAAUUUUUUGAAUGGAUGUAAUGGUGUUUGUCUUGCCUCUGUUCCGAGGAAGCUACGCUCAGCCACGAAGAAGCGCAGUCGCGAAUCGAUCUUACUUGAUUCAGAAAAGGCGAACCAUAAGAUCAUUGGAAUAGAAUCAACUAAAAAGGAUAAUGUAAAGAAGUCAAAAGUGAGUAUUAAACAAGGAAUUUUCCAAAACUGGUCCCAAAGAGAAGAAGUUUCUGUGUCCAUCACAAAAGAUGAGGAAGAGGUAGCUGAGACUCUGUAUGCCUUGGCUGGAAUGUUUCCUCAAAGUGGCUCCAAUCACAUUUGUAAGAAACUAGAUGGAGAAUCUUUGAUACAGAACUCUUCAGUUUUGCAGAACAUGAAGGAGAAUGCUAAUGCUGCUAUUGAAGCCUCAGUAACUGGUCAAGGUGGAACUCUUUGUCCUGAAAGUUGUUUACAUGGUGAAGCUUCAAAAAUCACUUCUAUUAAUGAAACUAUUGGUCAAGAACAAUCUGAGAGAGCUAAGUUAUUGGUGGCAUCUCAUAGCACUACUCCAACAAUAAAUCUUCAGACCAUGCCUGGGAUUGUUAAGCUUGAAUUUUGCAACAAAGUUGCAUUGCAUGACUCUGAAUUGUGUCUAGCAAUGGGAUUAAAUAUGACUGGACAAUCACGGAUUUCACAAUGUGAGAGGAAACCAGAUGUUGAAUUAGAAGCAGACAAAAAGCAAAAACAGCAUUUGAUCAAUGAAAAAGGAAAAGUUGAAAGUCUUGCAUUGUGGCCAGGCUUGUCUUUGGAUUUGAUGGAAACUUUAACUUGUUCGUCUAGUAGAAAGAUUUCUGAACCUGUUACUACUCAUAAAAGAUCACAGAAAAGGUGUGCAACUCAUGUUUACAUCAGUCAUACAAUCCAGACUUCGGAAGUACCAAAGCAAGGAGUUUUCAAAGAAUCUAAGCUUCAUGAAUGUUACAAAGAAGGAUCAAAGUGUGGAGUUCUUUUCGAAGUACACAACUCGAACCGAAUAAGAAAUGGAGUUACUACUGCGAGGAAUCCCAAUGAAAGUAAGAAUGGAAUUCUUUUGCAGCAAUCUCAGGCUGCUCCAACACCUGCAUUAUAUGGCCCUCAAAAGCAAACUUUCAACUUCUUGUCCUUGUCAAUCGGAAGUUAUGGAUUAAAGGUCGACAAUAAUAAUCAUAAUGAAGUUGGAAAUAGGUUGGAACCGUUUUCAAAGUUGCAAGUGCCUUAUUUUCAUUCACUAGCACAGCAACAAAGGGUCAUGCCAAUUCCAACGCCGCAGAGUCGAAAUGUUUCGACAGUUUACCUUGAUCAACGGACUGUUGUAGGACCACAGCUUCGGUUGCAACAACCUCAUUAUUAUGGUAGCCAAUUAUGUGGAACUCAAUAUAGUUCACCAGUCUCAAAUAGUAAACAAGAGCACCAAAACUUUUGGGAGAUGCAACAAGCAGCUCAAGGUAGGUCUUCUGUGAAUUGCAAUACAGUGAGGACCCAAAACCCUAAUUGGCAAAUUGGAAGGAAUGACUCUUCUACGGUGGGUCCAUGCGCCCAAGCCAUCUUUCCUCAUACCUCUGCAUCACAAGAAAUAUUUGGAUCCAAGAUUACUCCAAUCUCAGGGCGACAGCAGCAGCUUGUUUCCCCCAUCCAUGACAAAUGGGCAAGAUCUUCAUCUCAAUUCUAUAUGUGAAGAAAUUAGAGACAGGUUCCCAAGUAUAGGUACAGCAUUGUUUCAUUACCCAGGUUUUAGUGCAAAACCUGUCACAAUUGUUGCCGUGCAUAUACAUGAAAGUGGCGAGAAAGGAAUACUGAAAUUAUAACAUUUACCAUACUUCAACACUGGCUGUUUUAUAGUAUCAAAUCUAAUCAUUCUGAAUUUGUUUA